AUGGGCCUGAAGCUCAACAUUCUUCUGCUGGCGAUUGCGGCCUGUAUCCCGCACAUCUACUCCCGCCUGUCUCUGCUCUAUACCUUGGAAACCAAUAACCAUCCUGCCAAGCUUUCCACCGCUCGAGGUUGGAUGACCGAGAAAGGUAGUUACGAGAUUAGGUAUGCCGACAAACUGAGAAAUUGUGAAGAUUUGGUUGUCGACGAGAAAGUGGGUUAUGUGGUGUUUGGCUGCGAUGAAGGUCGAGAUGUCUGGAAUACUGUCAUGGUGAGUUUCAAGCUGUCAGACUUCGCUUCGUUCUUGUGUUCAUAUGAUUCAUCUAGNGGUGUCUUUGGUAAAACCGCGCCCAAGAAUGGCCAACUCUUCCUCUACGACUACUCCCGCCCUCAACCAAGUCUGGAAACCAUCCGCCUGCUCAACACUCCCAAGGACUACUCUUUCCACCCUCUAGGUCUCUCCCUGGACCUAUCCACCAACACUCUUCUCGCAGUCAAUCACGGCACUUCUGGCAGUACAGUCGAUCAGUUCCAUUUCUCACGCCUCGGUAACUCUGCAACCUUUAUCAAAAGCAUUUCCUCGCCAUAUCUGCGUGCUCCGAAUGCUGUGGUUCAAAUCUCAGCCACAGAAGUCUUGGUCACCAACGAUCACUUCUUCACUCCCAAAGGCUCGAAAGUAUUGAACAUGGUAGAGACAUAUUCUUGUCUCCCUCUUGGUGGCGUCACUCACCUUGAUCUCUCCACCGGAGCCGCACAACAGAUUGCUAGAAUUGCCUUUGCUAAUGGAAUCGCCAUGGUGAACGACUCCACGAUCGCUGUAGCUUCUAGCUCGUCAGCAAAAGUCUUCUUAUAUGAGAUGGACAAGUACACUUCUCCACCCACACUCAGCUACAAAGAGGCUAUUGCUAUGCCUUUCUGGCCCGAUAACUUGCACAUGUCUGGUGGCAAGCUGUUUGUCGCUGGCCAUGCUCAGCUCGGGGCCUUGACCAAGCUUUCGGAGAGUAAACAACAUUGCGGUGCUGAUACCACUUCUGCUGGNUGCGAUGCCGUCGCACCCAGCUAUGUAGCUCAGUGGACUAGGGAGAACGGUGUCGAGGAUGUAUAUGUGGGAACAGAGAUCUAUGCUUCAAGUGGUGUCACAAUAGAUGAGAAGAGAGGUGUGGGUGUUAUUUCUGGGUUAUAUGGCAAAGGACUUUUGAUUUGGAAUAAGGAGAAGAAGUAG